AUGGAUUUGAAUUCAGUGCAAGAUCUCAAGGAUGUGCUCCGACCUGACUUCUUCCAUGGGUACGCCACAGCAGCAGCCCAAAUAGAAGGCGCCUGGAACAAGGACGGCAAAGGCGUGUCAAUCUGGGAUACCUUCGGCCACACACCGGGCAAAAUCGCCGAUGGAAGCACAGCCGAUGACGCCGUCCGAGCCUACGACUUCUACCGCGAAGAUGUGGCGCUCAUGAAGUCCUACGGCGUAAAUGCCUACCGCUUCUCUCUAUCCUGGUCCCGAAUCAUCCCCCUUGGCGGCCGCGACGACCCCGUCAACGAACAAGGAAUCAAAUUCUACUCCGAUCUCAUCGACGAGCUCCUCCGCAAUGGAAUCACCCCCUUCAUCACUCUAUUCCACUGGGAUAUCCCCCAAGCCCUGGAAGAUCGGUACGGAGGCAUGCUGAACCAGGAAGCCUACACGCCGGACUUUGUGCGCUACGCCCGCGUCUGCUUUGAGCGCUUCGGUGACCGCGUCAAGCACUGGAUUACAUACAACGAGCCGGGAGUCUAUACCCUCGCCGGGUAUGCCGCGGGCGUGCACGCACCAGGUAGAUCAUCUUUCCGUGAGCGCAAUGCCGAGGGGGAUUCAUCCACAGAGCCGUUCACCGUCGCGCACACUGAACUCGUCUCGCAUGGUCAUGCUGUGCGCUUGUACCGGGAGGAGUUCCAGCCCCAGCAGAAGGGAACUAUUGGUAUCACACUGCAUGGUAAUUGGUCCGAGCCGUGGGAUGAGGAGGACCCACGCGACCAAGAAGCUGCGGAGCGUGCGCGCGAGUUCGAGAUUGCUUGGUUUGCGGACCCGUUGUACAAAACGGGUGAUUAUCCUGCGUCGAUGCGGGCGCAGCUCGGUGACCGAUUGCCGAGGUUCACGGAGGAGGAAUCGAAGCUUGUGUUCGGGAGCUCGGACUUCUAUGGUAUGAAUAGCUAUACGACUUUCUUUGUGAAGCAUACAACAUCUGCGCCUGAUAUCAAUGACCAUAAGGGUAAUGUGGAGAUCUUUGAUGAGAAUAAGCAAGGUGUGUCUCGCGGGGAGGAAAGUGAUACCCCGUGGCUGCGGGCCGCCCCUGGGGGAUUCAGGAAGUUGUUAAAUUGGAUCUAUAAACGAUACCAGAUGCCAAUUUAUGUGACUGAGAAUGGUACCACCGCCAAGGGUGAAACAGCCCCCACGCCUGAGGUUCUGAAUGAUGAGUUCCGCAUCAGAUUCUUUGAGGGCUAUGUUGGCAAUGCGCUGGCGCGUGCUGUGAAGGAAGACGGAGUUGAUAUCCGGUCUUACUUUGCUUGGACAUUCACUGAUAACUGGGAAUGGGCCGCUGGGUAUGCGGAUCGCUUCGGUUCCACAUUUAUCGACUUUGAGUCCGAAGAAAAGACUCGCUAUCCCAAGCAGUCUGCCUAUUACCUGGACAACCAGAUAUCUAUCUACGACUUUAUGUUCCAGAACACCUCAAAACUAGCCUGGAAAGAUGUGCGCGAAGUCGCAACUGAAUUCCAGCCCACCCUCCAGAGCCUAACACCUCAUUUAUUCACGGAGAUGGAAGGUAUCGCCGAGGGUGCUGGGCUAGAUGUGCUCGACAUAAUUGCGCUCAACUGCCGAAGUGAGAUAGCACUAGGCCGAUUUUCCGACGGCUGCACAACACUCAGCUGGAAGAAAAGUGAGACGACACGAGUGCUCUCACAGAACUGGGAUUGGACAAAGACUGUCAAGAAGAACCUCGCGAUGGUAUCAAUUGAACAGGCUGGGAAACCUACUAUCUAUAUGAUUGCCGAGGCAGGAAUCGUCGGCAAGAUUGGAUUCAAUGCCAACGGCGUCGGAACUUGUCUCAAUGCAAUUCGCGCCAAACCGAUGAUUAGUAGCAAAGUCCCGAUCCAUGUUGCGCUUCGGUUGUGUUUGGAGAGUACUUCUGUCGAUAAUGCCGUGAAGACCCUCGAGUCUUUGGGUGGUGUCGCCUCUGCUCAGCAUAUCCUUUGUGCGGACAGUACCAAAGCACUAGGGCUUGAGCUAUCACCAGUUGGAGACAAGCAUAUCCUCGAGGAUGCAUCCGGGAUUAUUAGACAUACUAACCACUUCCUUGAGAAUCGCUAUGUGAAUGAGCCGCCCUGGCUAUCUGGGUCACCUAUCCGGCUUCAGCGGCUAGGGGAGUUGACGCAGGAGUUAAUUCAGGAUGGUGUUCAGGGCGACGCUAUCACACCCGCUUUAUUGCGAGAACGUAUCUUCUCCGAUACGUAUAACAAGCCUCAGGCACUAUGUUGCGAGGAGGAUCCAUCGCGCCAUAUCUCGAGUAGAAGUAGUUCUUUGUUCAAUAUUGUUAUGAACUUGGACCCGAAGAAUCUGGGAGCGGAGGUGGUCUUUGGAAGGGUUGGGUCUGGAGAGGAAGGGCCUGUGUUGACAAUGCCUUGGUGA